AUGUCCCCGAGAACUAUUCAAGAAUUCCUCUGCGGUGUUGGCGCCAUGCUGUCCAGCGACCAAUCCAGUUACGGCGGCAGUCCCGUAGGCGAAGGAUCAUCUUCCAGCAGAGGCUUGGUCGAUCCUACUACCCCGGCGGCUGAGUCUGACUCGAAUCACGCUUCUACAAGCUUGCCCAUCACUUGGAGUCCUCCAUACCUGCGGCGGCGCGCCGUUGCCGGCUUCCUCGCCGUCUUCGCGAUAUGCAGCAUUGCCAUCGAAACAUCGCUUUACAUUUCAAACAGCCAACAGGGCUUAGCCACCAGCUCUUCAAAUCUGCAGUACCUCUGGACAUAUGGACCCACCGCCAUCUUCACGUUGAUCGGAGCAUUAUGGGCACGUGUCGAAAGCGAACCAGUCUUUGCUCUUGGACUACUUGUCCAUGUGACACAGCCUGUUUCGUUGGUUCAGGCUAUCCGAAACGGGGACCACCACGUCGCUGCCAUCACAACCAUAUCCAUGUUGAUCGGGAUCAUAAACGUCAUAUCGACUGGUUUCAUCGCUCUAUCCCUAACGAAGGUAUCGCAUUCCGAUGUCCCAAUAAUUUUUCUAAGCAAGUUCGCCAACCGUUCCGCGGUGGAUCUAGGCGGAGCUGGCGACUUGCCCUACUUCAUGGUUGAUGGUCUGAUCCGGCUGAACUUCACACUUCCCGAUGGUGUGACCAAACAGUUCACCUUUCCACAGAUUGAAUCUGAUCUCGCACCCACUUCCGAGUUUCGAACGACUUUAGACGGCUUCUCAGCUGAUCUGGAAUGUGAACCUGCAAGAACAAGCAUCCAGGUCGACAAGUUUGUUGUUCUUACAGGUGAACACCAUUACAAGUAUUUCAAUAUAAGCAUAGAGACCAUUGGUAGCUCUACACCUUGCCAAGUUGACGUAACCAACACUUACUUCUUCGACUUCGACUCGGCUUCCAUUGGGAAGGCUGCUUCUUUCGGACGAUUCGUAAGUGGAGGCUGCGGGGGCUCGACCGAUCCGGAUGAUCAGCGUAUCGGCCUAGUCUAUGGCACACUCAGGAUCGAUGAUUUUCACGAAGAGGGAAACUGGGAGCCGAUUGUGCUGCAAACCACGCAAUCGGCCUCACUGUUUUACACUAUGCAGUUCCCGAUAUCGUCGCCGAUCCAGCUGCAUGGUACAUUGCACCCAUUUAGCGCGGUGAACUGCGAAAACGCGUCUGCGAUAGAUAUCGAGGGCUUGACCGAAGAUAUUACAAAUGAGGCAACUGUGACGACUGCUCUAAUACUAGAUAGCAAUUUUACGUACCCGGUCUUCACGUACGAAAAUCUCGCAUUUCCCAAGUUCCAGCUGCCACCCAACUCAAUAGAGUACUCGGAAAACCAAGAUGAUUCCAACUCAACAGUCACAAUCGAGGCGACGGUUCCAGCCUUGAGGCCACGAUUCACAUGCAGGUUGUACAAUUCAACACAGAUCAGCACGAAUGUGACCGUCGACUACCAAGAACCCGUCGACCCUUAUUCUAUAACAAACAAGAUUGACUUCUACAUAGCCGAGGAGGGCUGUUUAUCGUACCUGGGAACAACAUAUAGUACGCUAUACCCCCCGAGAAACUCAACCGAAUACUAUUUUGGUUCAGCUUCGGCUUCAUGGCAGUCAUGGUUCGCGCAGUGCAGCGACAACCUGUGGAUCUGGGGUCACAUGUCGAUGUCGCCAAAUCCAGAGGUCUCAUCCGUCUCAGCACUUGGCUGCAACCAAACAUUUGAAGCGGUAGACGUCGCUACUACCUUCUUCGGCACCGAGCUCCGCCUCGACCCGUCAUCUCGACCCGUCGCUCAAGAACACACAGCGCGCGAAUGGCCCUACCCAAUCUGUGCGCUCGACAUACUUGGAGGAGUGCUCUUAUUUAUCGAAGAAGUGGUAAAUAUCUCGUCCGCGCCUACCGCCCUGAGCCAAUUCUUCACCCUUCUGGCCACAUCGCGCUACGGGGUUCCCAUCACGGCGCUUGGGGACCCGUCUCAGGCGCAAGCCGUAGCCGACAAGAUCACCUUCCAGCAGAGCAUCUUUGGCGUUCAGAUGUUAAGCUCGUACUACCAAUUCCAGGCGAAUAGCACAAACGGUACGCUCGUAAGAGACGUCCAGCACGACAACGACACAGUCGUACACAACGCUACCGCGGUCAGCACAAGGAGUCGCGUGGUCCAGGACGCCGUCAGCACGCAGGCCCUGGAGGCCAUGCUAGGAGCUAUCCUCCUCUUCUCGGCACUGGGAUGGUUUCUCAUGCCCAACACAAACGCGCUGCCGCGCGUCCCGACGAGCAUCGCCAGCGUGGCCGCCCUGCUGGCGGACGGAAAUCUGUUCCAGUUUCUGCCCGAGGGCGCCGAGUCCAUCGGGGCUGACGGUCUCUUCCGCGCGUUCCCGCCGGGAACCUCGUUCCGGAUGGGAUGGGGACAGGUGCUCGAUAAGGCGGGGAAUAUGGUUGAUCGCUUCGCAAUUACCGCCGUACCUCUCCCUGAUAAGAGCGCGGAUGUUCUUGGGGUAGCUAUUGCCACGAAGGAAACUUGA